CGGUCAUGGCUGAAUAUUUUUCCGCGACAUUUUCGCUCUCCUUCACUUCUUUGCUCGCCUGCUUCACCUCAGGUUUCGCAUCCCCGGCUGUCUCGGACAUGUUGGCAGCAGUGAAACCUUACCUGGACAGAAAUACAACGACCGCUGAAGUAACGAGAUCCAGCCAUGCAUCGGGACUGUCCCCUCGACUGUAAGGUUUAUGUCGGAAAUCUGGGAAACAAUGGAAACAAGACUGAGCUAGAGAGGGCCUUUGGCUACUACGGCCCCCUGCGUAGUGUCUGGGUGGCCAGGAAUCCCCCGGGUUUUGCCUUUGUUGAGUUUGAAGAUCCCAGAGAUGCGACUGAUGCCGUGCGCGAGUUAGAUGGAAGGACACUUUGUGGUUGCCGGGUGCGAGUGGAACUGUCCAACGGUGAGAAGCGCAGUCGCACCCGCGGUGCACCUCCCUCGUGGGGCAGGCGCAUUCGAGAUCGAGACGAUUACCGGCGGCGCAGCCCACCGGCUAGGCGAAGAUCCCCUCGCAGGCGAAGCUUCAGCCGCAGCCGAAGCAGGUCUUUGUCAAGAGACAGGAGGAGAGAGAGGUCCCUCUCCCGGGACAGGAACCAUAAGCCUUCCAGGUCCUUCUCUCGUUCUAGAAGCCGCUCCAGGUCUACUGAAAGAAGAUAGAGGAGAGUCGUGACAGGUUUAAAGGGAGCUGCAGAUGAACGUUUUUACAGGCUCUGCCAUUUCAUAUGAUGGACUCCAGCAUCGACGUGCGAUACGUUUUUUUGUUUUGUCGGUUUUUUUUUAUUAUUUUAACACGCCUUUUAGUGUCCCUCCUUUUCUUUUGUUUUGACUUGUCUUCAAACACACGGAGUGGGUGCGUACAGGUGUAACGCCUCAUCGCUGUCACCAACGCGCCACGUUUUGAUGAAUUUGACACAGUUGUCGACCCUACCUGCAUUCCAGAUUUAAUCUAAGCAUUUGGUUCAUGUCCAAGAAUGUACUGUGUAGUUUGAUGUUGUGUCAGUAGUUUGUCAUUUUCACUGUGCAAAAGCAAGAAAAGAUUUGGGGGGGAAAAGUGAAUAAUUUCCCCCUUUUGAUUGUGUUUUUGAUUUGCUACUUCCCUGCAUCUGUUAAUGGUUGGUUAUCCUUGUUGAAGAAGCAGAAUUAUUGCAUUUAUUUGAAACUGUAGUGAACUCAAGUCAAGGUUUGCAUAUUAGGUUUUACAUAGUUGAUCUUUUGUUAUGUGUACUGGUCCUUCAAUUAAAAUACCUGUUGGUUAAAAAUGA